AUGUCAGCCAAUCAAGGGACGUUGAAACGGAAGCACUCGGGCAAGACGAUCAAGGAGCUCUUCACCACGCAAUCGAAGCCCCACGCCGCCACAGCCGCACCGCUGUCGCCCACCAAGAAGCGCUCACGACGCGAGCUUGAGAGGGAGAGCUCCCCGCCCGCCGACGAAGCCGCCACAGCGCGCACGCCGCCCAGCAGCAUGAGCACCGCCGACAUGUACCACUUCCCCAGCAAGCGCGGCGACGUGGUGGACAUGACGGCGAGCCCCGACAGCAGCCCGGCGAGAGCAAGCGCGCCGCGCAGCACGCAUGGCACGCAUGGCACCCGCAAGACAGCGCCCAACAUAACUUUCAAGCCCACGCGCAAGGCCGACCCCGCCGUGUUCCUCGACCAGACAUGGCAGAAGAUAGACGGCGCCCUCGACACCGUCUUCGCCCACGCCGCCGUCGACUUCAGCCUCGAGGAGCUGUACCGGGGCGUCGAGAACCUGGACGUCAAAGAACGCCUCGUUGCCAAGUGCAGGGACUAUGUCGGCGCCAGCUUGACCGCGAAGGUGCACGAGAGCCUGGGGGGAGGGGGCAAUGUCGAGGUGCUGAGGGCGACCUUGCAGGCAUGGGCCGUCUGGAACGAGCAAAUGAAAUACCUCGACUGGAUCUUCUGCUACCUCGACCGCGCCUAUCUGCUUCCACGCCAUGAAUCCCUCCGCGACCUCUCCAUCGACCUCUUCCGCUCCCUAGUCUUCUCGCAUGCGAGGCUCAACGACCGCAUUCCUCCGAUCCGGGCCGGCAGCGAGCUCGACAGCGACAUGUUCUCCAAGACUGUCAACAUGUUCCACACCCUUCACGUCUACACAAAGCACUUCGAGCCGCGCCUGAUGGAGCUCAGUCAGACAUUCGUAAUGAACUGGGCUGACGAAGAAUCCGAGAAACCGCUGCCAGAAUACAUAAAGAGCGCCAAAUCCCUCAUGGACCGCGAGCUUUCGAGAGUGGCAAAGUUUGGCCUGCCCAACACCACACGCCGAGACUUGCUUACGCUGCUGGAGGACCACCUGAUAUCGAGGAAGGAGUCCAGGCUGACCAAUCAAGACGAGCUGGCCGAUCUCCUCGAAGCAAAUGCCGUCGAGGACCUCCAACUACUAUACACACUGCUGGAAAGGCGCAAGCUCGGUGCAAGCCUACGCCCAGGUUUUGUCAAAUGGAUCGAUGACGAGGGUACGGCGGUUGUUUUCAACGAGAAAGAGCAGGAAAAUAUGGUCGUGCAUCUUCUGACACUCAAACGUCAGCUGGACACAUUCUGGAAAGUGUCAUUCCAUCGUAAUCCCGAGCUUGGCCAUGGCCUGCGCGAGUCCUUCGAGGCCUUUAUGAACAAGACGAAGAAGACGAACGCAAGUUGGGGCACAGACAAUUCCAAGACGGGCGAGAUGAUUGCCAAAUAUGUUGAUAUGCUACUGAGGGGUGGUGCCAAAGCCAUCCCCGCGUCCCUGAGUCGGAGGACGGAAAAGCCUGUUGUCGCUGAAGCAGAAGAGGACAACGAAGAUGCCAUGUUUGAUGAGGACACUGAAGUCGAUAACCAGCUUGAUCAAGUGCUUGACCUUUUCCGAUUUGUCCAUGGCAAAGCUGUCUUCGAAGCCUUUUACAAAAAGGAUCUCGCGAGGCGUUUGCUCAUGGGCAGAAGUGCCAGCGCAGAUGCAGAGCGUAGCAUGCUGUCAAGACUCAAGACUGAAUGUGGCGCUGGCUUCACAGCAAACCUUGAGCAGAUGUUCCGUGACAUUGAGUUGUCGCGCGAAGAGAUGGCUUCUUACAAGAGCAUCUCCGAGGAGCGUAACGAGAGGCUAGCCGUUGACCUUAAUGUCAGCAUCCUGUCCGCCUCCUCAUGGCCCACCUAUCCCACUGUAACCGUCAUUAUUCCGCCACAAAUCAAGCAGGCUAUAGACAAGUUCGAGGCACAUUACAAAGCAAAGCAUUCCGGCCGCAAGCUCGAAUUCAAGCAUGCCCUUGCGCAUUGCCAGCUUAAAGCAAAGUUUCCUAAAGGUAGCAAAGAGUUGGUUGUCUCUUCCUUCCAAGCCAUCGUUCUUCUGCUCUUCAAUGGUUUGAAGACGGAGGAGCACAUGGAGUACAAUUACCUCAAGGAAGCUACGGGUCUCCCUCCGGCGGAACUCAAUCGGACCCUCCAAUCUCUUGCCUGCGCCAAGAUUCGACCACUGACCAAACACCCCAAAGGCCGAGAGAUUAACCCCACCGACACUUUCACACUCAACGCCAAUUUCACGGACCCUAAAUACCGCAUCAAGAUCAACACAGUGCAGCUCAAGGAGACCAAAGAAGAGAACAAGGAGACGCACGAGCGCGUUGCUGCGGAUCGCAACUACGAGACACAGGCCGCGAUUGUGCGCAUCUUGAAGGCUAGGAAGAGAAUUAGUCACGCAGAACUGGUUGCUGAGACAAUCAAAGCGACGAGGAGUAGGGGCACGCUAGAGGUUAGCGGAAUUAAGAAGAACAUUGACAGGUUGAUUGAGAAGGAGUUCUUGGAGAGGGAGGAGGACAACGCGGGGUGGUAUGCUUAUAUAGCAUAA